AUGACUGUGGUUCACAUCGUCCUCUUCAAAUUCCGACCUGAUGUCGAUGAAUCCCAUCGAAAGACCUUUGUCAAAGAACUCAAAACACUCAAGGGUCUAUCAUGCGUCAAGGAUCAGCGCUUGGUAGUAGGCGGCCCGUCCAUUACAGACCCCAUCGCACGGAGCAAAGGCUACCAGAUUGCCCUGCUGAGCUUUCACCAAGACCCUGCUGCGUUGGCAGAGUAUCAGGCUAGCAGUGAGCACCACAGGGUGACGAGUCAAUAUCUGUGGCCUUUUGCGGAGGAUGUAACACGCUUCGACUUCGAAGUGGACGCUAAGGAUGAGGACAUGUUUGAAAAGAGGUUUGGUUUCUCUCAGGCAUAG